AUUCAAUAAAGUUUAGGGGGCAAAAUGAAAAUUGCCACUGUUUGAAUAUAUCGCCGCCACCGGAAUUCACAAGGCCUUUUUAGCACGGAAUACAUAGGAAACAUGCCGCCGGCCAUUUACUCCGGCGCCGCCGCUUCCCUCAAGCUUUAUUCUACGAAAUCCAUGCCGUCAGCUGACUCCUCACAUGUAAACUGCCGCUUGUCGCGCUUCACGACAGCCGCCUCCGCCGCGAAACCCUCCCGCUGGUCUCUUCAUGGCUCCACCGCCCUCGUUACUGGUGGCACCAGGGGAAUCGGGCAUGCAAUUGUGGAGGAAUUGGCUUCUCUUGGUGCCACAGUGCACACGUGUGCAAGGAACGAAGAUGAGCUGGAGAGAAGUUUGAGGGAUUGGGAAGAGCAGGGUCUUGGAGUUACGGGCUCGGUGUGCAAUGUAUCUUCUGAACCUGACCGGGAAAGGUUACUCGACAAUGUUAACUCUGUAUUCAAUGGGAAGCUCAACAUUCUUAUAAACAAUGUUGGAACAAACAUCCGGAAACCUAUGGUUGAUUUCACAUCCGAAGAAUUCUCAUUGGUUAUGGGAACGAAUUUUGGAUCUGCUUUCCACAUGUGCCAACUUGCUUAUCCUCUACUGAAAGCCUCGGGUGCAGGAACCGUCGUGUUCACCUCUUCAGUCUCUGGUUUUGUAUCAUUGAAGAAUAUGUCUGUCCAUGGGGCAUCCAAAGGUGCAAUCAACCAGCUCACGAAGAAUCUGGCAUGCGAGUGGGCGAGGGACAGCAUUAGAGUGAAUGCUGUUGCGCCAUGGUACAUUCGGACAUCCAUGGUGGAGCAAGUUCUGGGCAACAAAGAAUACUUGGAAGAAGUGUACCACAGAACUCCAAUGCGGAGGCUUGGAGAUCCAACGGAGGUGUCAUCGGCGGUGGCUUUCCUUUGUCUACCUGCGUCGUCGUUUAUCACUGGCCAGAUAAUCUGUGUUGAUGGUGGGAUGUCUGUAAAUGGCUUUUAUCCAAAGUACAUGUAAAAUUUCUAGAAACUGAGUGAUGUGCAAUUUGAUCCUGGAGAUUCUAACAUCCUGGCCUUUAUAAGAUUCACAAUUUACAUGAA